AUGGGCAAAGCCAAGUUGGCUUCUCAGAAACUUGGUGUGCUCUGUAGAGCGGGACAGUAUUUCACGUCGCGCCAUCGCCUCAAUCUUUAUAAGGCGCAAGUCAGGCCGCAGAUGGAAUACUGUUCCCAUCUCUGGGCCAGGGCACCCCAGCAAUACCUCCUUCCAUUUGACCGCAUUCAAAGGAGAGCUGUACGACUCGUUGGCGAACCGAGUCUCACCGAUCGGCUUGAUACUCUGGCGUUGCGAAGAGAUAUCGCUUCCUUAUGCGUUCUCUACCGCAUUUACUAUGGGGAGUGCUCUGAGGAAUUGUUUGGAACAUUACCCACCGCUGAGUUCCAUUACCGCACAGCCCGCCAUAAACAGAAAUACCACCCUCACCACCUUGACUGCUGGCGGUCGACAACUGUGCGCUUUAAACGGAGCUUCUUUCCGCGAACAACAGUCUUAUGGAACCAGCUUCCUAGUACGGUAUUCCCGAAUGGUUACAAUCUGGGGACCUUUAAGAAGAGGCGUAUUCUUUCUUAA